GGGGAGCGCGCCGCUGGGUGGCCGCAGCUCCGAGGGAGGGCGCGCGUGCGCAGCGGGACGGCCGCAGGGGGAGCGCGCGGCCCGCGCCCCGUCCCGCAGUUCCCGGAGCGCCGCGGGUGUGGGCGCGGGGCCGACGGCAGCGCCCGCGGAGAGUGCGACGCGCACGCAGGUUGCUGGCCGGGCUUGGGUGCUGAGCAGCGAUGGCGUCCUGCCUGCCGCGCCUGGUGCUCCUGUGUGCCGCUGCCCUGGGGGCCGCGGCCGCCGCCAAGAUCAUCGUGGUGCCGCCCAUCAUGUUUGAGAGCCACAUAUACAUCUUCAAGACGCUGGCCUCCGCCCUGCAUGCGCGGGGCCACCGCACGGUCCUCCUGCUGUCCGAGGGCCGCGACCUGGCGCCCUCGCCGCACUACGGGCUGCGGCGCUACCCCGGCGUCUUCAACAGCUCCGCCUCCGACGCCUUCCUGCAGGCCAAGAUGCGCAACAUCUUCUCGGGGCGGCUGACGGCCGUGGAGCUGCUGGACAUCCUGGAGCAGUACACGCGCAACUGCGACCUGGUGCUGGGCAACCGCCCGCUGCUCCGCGCGCUGCGGCGCGAGCGCUUCGACCUGCUGCUCGUCGACCCCAACGACAUGUGCGGCUUCGUCAUCGCGCACCUGCUGGGCGUGCGCUACGCCGUGUUCUCCACCGGCCUGUGGUACCCGGCCGAGGUGGGCGCCCCCGCACCCCUGGCCUACGUGCCCGAGUUCAACUCGCUGCUCACGGACCGCAUGAGCCUGGUGCAGCGGAUGAAGAACGCCGGCGUGUACCUGGUGUCGCGGCUGGGCGUCCGCCUGCUGGUGCUGCCCAAGUACGAGCGCAUCCUGCGGAAGCACGGGCUGCUGCCCGGCAAGUCCAUGUUCGACCUGGUGCACGGCUCCAGCCUGUGGAUGCUCUGCACCGACGUGGCGCUGGAGUUCCCGCGGCCCACGCUGCCCAACGUGGUCUACGUGGGGGGCAUCCUCACCAAGCCGGCCGGGCCGCUGCCCCAGGACCUGCAGAGCUGGGUGAACGGGUCCAGCGAGCACGGCUUCGUGCUGGUGUCCUUCGGGGCCGGCGUCAAGUACCUGUCGGAGGACAUCGCCCACAAGCUGGCCGGGGCGCUGGGCAGGCUGCCGCAGCGGGUGAUCUGGAGGUUUUCCGGACCCCGACCGCGGAACCUGGGCAACAACACGAAGCUCAUGGAGUGGCUGCCGCAGAACGACCUGCUGGGGCACUCGCGCAUCAGGGCCUUCCUGAGCCACGGCGGGCUGAACAGCAUCUUCGAGACCAUGUACCACGGCGUCCCCGUGGUGGGCAUCCCGCUCUUCGGGGACCACUACGACACGAUGACCCGCGUGCAGGCCAAGGGCAUGGGGAUCCUGCUGGAGUGGAAGACGGUCACGGAGGCCGAGCUCCACGAGGCCCUGGUGACGGUGAUCAAUGACCCCAGCUACCGCCGGAGGGCCCGGCAGCUGUCCACGCUCCACAGGGACCAGCCCGGACACCCCGUGCAGCGGGCCGUGUACUGGAUCGAGUACGUCCUGCGGCACCGGGGCGCGCCGCACCUGCGGGCGGCCGUGCACCAGCUGUCCUUCUGGCAGUACUUCCUCCUGGACGUGGCCGCCGUGCUGCUGCUGGCCGCUGCCCUGCUCUACGUGCUCCUGGCCCGGACCGCGCCCCUCGUCUGCCGGUGGCUCCGCAGCUGCUGGCCCGGGCGCAAGCCCAGCGUGGCGAACGGGCACCACCACAACGGGGUCCUGAACGGCCGGUGCAGGAGGAGCGGCCGCGUCCCGCACGAGAAGAAGGCGAAGUGAGCGCGGCCCCCGCCCCCGCAGGUCCCCGCUGUCCGUGAGUCUAACAGCCACUGAGCGCCAGUGUGGCGACAGCUCUAACACCCCUUCUCCGAGCUACUAACCAGCCCCGUGCAGGCCAGGUGGCUGCGCACGCGCAGCCCCGACCCGCAGCACGUGCCCUGUCCCAGAGCCGACGCGGAGGUCGGCGCGGAACCUGUGAGCUGCCUUAAGUACCCCCGUCGGGCAGGGCCCCCGUCCGACUUAGCUCUGGGCCCGGGCGUGUGCGUCCCGGGCGGGGGCGGUCCCGUGCGUGCGUGCGUGCGGAGAGGGUGGCCACCCAGCUGUUCUCCCACUCAGGGAGGGACGGCGCCCUCAGGAGGACUAGAAAGGCAGUGAGGGUCCGACGUUCCCGGCCAGAGCUCCACGCAGGCCAACUCGGGGCUGCCUGUCGGAGCGCCCCGCCCCUCCCGGCCGACUGCAGAGGAAGACGAGGAGCGAUCCGAGCCCCGGCUUGUGUACUCGCGUGUUUUUGUUCCAGCUUUUCUGUUGGCUUUGCCGUCCUUUUCUUACAGACUGGGUGCUCGGGGCGGGGGGCGGGGGGAAUGUACAACCGAGUAAAUGUACGCAUUGCUUGUCAUGGUUUGUCUUCCCCGCACCAGUCACUGGCCUCUGGAAGAAUUUUAGUUUUUUCUUUCUGGUUCAUGUUCAUGUUCACGUGUAACAUGGCGGUAACUCGGUGACGAGACAGAGCGGCCAGGCCCUGCCUCUCGUUCCAGCCGGCAGGGGAGGGUUCCUGCUUCCGUGGCACCCGCUCCGUCACGUGCAGGAGUCGACUGCCCGGCUGUCACAGCUCCGAAGUUCUAACCUGAAAGGACCGUCCUCGUCACGCCCUCUGUGUUCCGGGCCACACAAUCUACGUCACGGAGGUGCCAACGUGCCGCCCGCCCCGGGGGCCUUUGCGGCCUCCCCGCCCCGGCCCCGCUCUGUCUGACCCGGGGAACUCGGACUCUCCGCGCCGCGCAGGAGUGAGCGAGGGCGCGCGCCGUCUCAGCGACCGAGUGUUGGAGAUGAGUUCCUGCCCCCGCCCCGCCCCCGCUCUUGCCCAGCAGCGGCUUCCAGCCAGGGCAGUGGACGGGACAGGCCGGGGACCGCACCCACCACGGAGCAGAGGUGCCCGCCAGAGGGUGACGUCAGGACCCCCGGCGAACCCCUGGACGGCAGCGACUCCGAGUUUAUUUCAGGUCGUUCUGUUUACUUAGCGUUUGCACUUCGCGUGUCGAGCUUUAUUUAUUGACCGUCUGACCUCCCGUGUCUGACUCCCCGCGACGCUCGCCAGCGUGGGGAGAGCCGUGAAUGUUCUGAGUGCUGUCCGCCCCACGCAUGCGGUGACACGCGGCGUCACCCCUCCCACCAGGAGCCGCGGCGCGUGCGCACCAGCCGUCUCCCCGCCCACAGUGCAGACGUACGUGCGGCUCUCGGGAUACUUGAAGAAACGGUGUCGCGCACGCAGGCGCACGAGUCACGCCUUCACGCCACGUCGCUGUGGAAACCGGGAAGAGGCGAGCUGUGAGCGGUGGGCGGUGCUGGGCGUGGAGCGUGCGAGGGCUGGUUUCGAUGUUUGGAACGGGAUGCGCUCGGCAGUGACCCUUCGGCGGGCGAGGGAGCGCGAUCUCUCUCCACUGUGACACACUUUAAUAAUAAACACGGUAUAAAAACGGA